UAUUGUUAAUAACCUCAUCAGUCAUAACCUCCUCAACUUCUCUUUGAUUUUACAAUGGAGGAUCUUGAGAUAUCAGAGAGAAAAACACCUGCAGAUCAUUCAGCCAUGGACGACUUUCCUCCGUACCAUUUCAGAUGUCCCAUUUCUAUGGAGCUCAUGAAAGAUCCCGUCACCAUCUCCACUGGUGUCACCUACGAGCGUAACAACAUUGAGAAAUGGUUCUUCUCCUACAAGAAGAAAACUUGUCCUGCCACAAUGCAAAGCGUUGAGAAUUUCGACAUGAUUCCAAACCACACCCUCAAGAGGCUCAUUGUUGCAUGGCAAACCAAAGAGGAUGCUAAAAAAGCUAUUUGCUCAACAUCAUCUACACCAAGGCCUUCAAAUAAACAUGACGAAAUUCAAGCGCAUCUCAACACAAUCGUGUCAUCCCCAUUCAAGGUAAAUUCGAUUAAGAAACUCCGUUCCAUCAUCGAGAUAGAUGACGAGACGAAAAAUGAUUUUAUUCGAUCAAACGGGGUCGAAGUUCUUGUCCAAAUUCUUGAUCAAAUUCUCUUGGAGAGCUCGGAUUUCACUACGUUUAGAGCUUGUGAGGAGGCUCUUUGUAUUCUUCACCAACUUCCCAUAUUGGAAGAAGGGAAAACAUUUAAAUUGUUAUCGAAGCAAGAAUCAACCAGAUCAAUGGCCAUCAUGCUUCAGCGAGGAAGCGCUGAGGCACGGCUCCAUACCAUUACCAUAUUCAAGAAGAUGGCGAAAACCCAGUAUGAUUGGAGCUUCGUGGUACAAGAUCAAGGUAUAGAUUUUUUUAAAUCCUUGUUGGAGCUUGUUUCGGAUGAAAUAUGUAGCAAAGCAAGUUCAUGUGCCUUGGAAGUCUUGAUAGAAAUAUUGACAGCAUCAAAGAAAAACAGGCUGAGGGCAAUUGAAGCGGGUGCAGUUUGUGUCCUCAUAGAGCUACUGCCAGACUCCAACAGAUCCAAAUGUGAGAAAAUGUUACAAGUGAUAAAGUUGUUAUGUGAACGUGCUGAGGGAAGGCAGGCCUUGGUGGAACAUGGUCUGGGCAUUGUUUCCAUUUCCAAAAAAAUGUUGCAUGUUUCCAAUGCUGCCACCAAGAUUGGGGUGAAGAUCAUAUGGUUGAUUUGUAAUUUUCAUCCGACCGAGAGGGUAUUGGAAGAAAUGUUGAUUUGUGGACCUGUGAAGAAGCUUGUGGCAUUGUUGCACAUGGAUGGCAGAUCUUCUACAAAGGAUAAGGUGGUGAAGAUCUUCAAGAUGCAUGGAAAUUCAUGGAAACAAUAUCCAUGUUUCCCUUGUAAUUUGAAGGACUAUUUGGGAUUUGUAAAUGAUCCUCGCUAAUUAGGGUUUUAUCUUCUUUCAAGUUUUGUAUUAAUUUUUCAAAACACACAGCAAAAUACAGUUAAUUUUCUCAUGAAAAAAAUUGAACUGGUACAAGUAUUGUGAAAGUCUAAUUAAUGAUUUAGAAUUUUAUAUAUAUGAUUCGGAUA